AUGCUACGUUGCGUUUUUGACUUGUAGAACAAAGGUGUGUCUUCUUCUUCCUCUUCUUCUUCCACCAUUUCGUUAGGGUUUUACACAGUUUUACUCAAUUUACCUUCUUCUUCUUCUUCUUCUUCUUCUUCUUCUUCUUCUUCUUCUUCUUCUUCUUCUCUUUCCCACUCAUAUUGCAGUGUAUCCAAAAUUACGCUAAAUUCUGGCAAUUACACUAAAUACUCUCAAUGGGAUCCGAAGCAGACCCUCUUGAAAACCUACCAAAAAGGUCACUCAAAUUCUUAUUUUUCGUUUUCUUAGUUUUCAUUUUCUACAUUCAUCAAUGCAUGCUUUGUGAGUGAUUAUUCACUAUUCACCUGAAAGCUAGUCAAAUAAAAUUAUUCGGAUUUUCAUUAUAUUCAAUUCAUUAUUGCUAUGUAGCAUUGUUCAGGUUAUUGUUCAAAAUAGUAAUUGGGAAUCUAUUGUAUUCAAUUCCUUGGUAAUUAACAAUAUUCCAGUAAUUUUUCAGUUUGUGUGUGCUAAUGAGUAUCUUCUUCUAAUAUAAUAAUUUUUCAAACUUGCUUUAAUAUAUGGUUUCUCUUAUGUAUGUUGUGAAUUUCAUCGAAAAUAGUAACAAGAGAAUCAACGAUAGAAUCUUCUACGAGGUCUGACUGGAUUGACUUAUUUGUGUUUAUUUACUUACAUAAGCACUUAUGAUACUGUUUGGGUGAGUUUAUGGAAACAGCUCAUGACACGUCCAUAAGUUUCUUUUAUCUUAUUUGCAUAAGCUCUCCAUGAUAGAUUAUGACAAUGAUGCAUAGUUCAUGCGAUAAUAGUGUAUCUUUAUUUUAUUGUUUAUAUAUAAACACUUAUAUAGUAAGUGCUUAUGCUAUAAACGCUUAAUUAAGUUGUUUAUCCUAUGGCGCAGCGAGGACUCUGGUCUAGGGGGUUGAAAAUUUUGAAUUAUUGAACUAGUGGUGCAAAAAUAAUAAAUUUAGGGGUUCAGUUGAAACCCCUCAAAAGGCCUAGCUCCGCCCUUGCUUCCACGAUCUUGUCACCCCUUGCCGUGUUCGUGAGUGGUUGUAAUCGGAAAUUGGUGGGGGCGGCUAGGAUUGAUGUGCAACGGCCUGAGAUCAGGGGACUUGUACCCUCUUUUGAUUCCAUGUGUUGUUAAUAGCACGCUAUACUAGGAUGUUAAUAGCGGCGCUAUAGCGUGCUAUAGCGCUAUAGCGUAGCGUUUUACCACCUCUCUGCUAUGCUAUAAGGCUGCUUUCCGCUAUUUAGAGAAGCGGAAAUAGCGGCCGCUAUUUGCAGGAAAAUAGCGUUUUGGUAGCGGUGGCGUAGCGGUUUGGUAGCGCUAUUUGACCGCUUUAGCGUUUUGGAGGGAAAAAAAUUGAUGAAAAUCCUUAUUUUGAAAAUAAAUCAUAAGUGAGCGGUUUGGUAGCGCAAUGGCACCAUCUUCUAGAACUGCUGAUAACAGAGGCUUCAUUAAGCCUACUGGUGACAACCUUGAUAUAGGUUGCAAGUGGAAUUCUUAUAAAGACAGCAGCAAGAAAACAAUUAUUUGUGAUUUUUGUUUUCACCCUUCCAAUGAAGGAAUAACAAGAGCAAAGAAGCAUCAGUUGGGGAUAUCGGGAGAAGUAAAAUCAUGGAAUGUUAUUAGUCUUUAUUUAGAACCUAUUUUGAUGGUAAAUGACAAUAUUUAGUAUAAUUAUUAAGUAAGAAAGUCCUUUUAAUUUUGGGUAUUUUUCUAUUUUAUGUAUGUUGUUGGAAUUUAUGUUUAAUUUGUACAUGACCGCUAUACCACUAUAGCGCUACCCGCUAUACCGCAAUAGCAUUUUUGAGGGUCGGCGCUACACGCCGCUAUCCGAGAUUAACAACAUAGACGCUAUAGAGGCGUAGCGUUGUGGCGAGGCCCUUCACCGCUGUGCUAUAGCCUAUAGGGCCGUGAAGCGCCACAGAGAGAAGCGGUCAUAGCAUCUGCAAAAAAGCAGUUGAUAGCGGCGUGAUAGCGUUUUUGUGCCCAUUAACGUGUUUUUAGGGGCUACUCUAAAUUUUCAGAAAAAUCCUAGUUUUUUAAAUUGUUUUAAUUUGUUGAGGGUAUUUUGCUAUUCUCAUACCCCUUUGGGUGACCUAAUAUCUAUUAACCCACGUGUUUAAGAGGAAAUUGUGGCCACUUUUCAUUUUCUUACUUCUUCUCUUCGAGUUCACCAUCAUUACUCUGUUCCUUUGUCUUUGAGUGUUCCUUCUUCUUCUCUUCGAGUUCAUUAUUCUUCACUAUUUUGUGUUCUGCCUCUGUCAUUGCUGCUCUAUUUAUGUGCAAAGGUUUGUUUUCUACUUCCUUUUAGUUUCUCAGUUUUGUGUUCCUUCUCCUUCCUUUUUGAGUACAUUUAGAACUUGAUGGAAUGUUAUUUUGAUUACAAUUUACAUUCAGAUUUUUUUUUCUCAAGAUUUACAUUCAGAACUUAUUUUAAUGGGAAAUGACAAAGUUGAUUAUAGUUAUUAAGUAUGAUUGUCCCUUUAAUUGUGUAUUUUUUAGUCUGUAUGUAUGUUGUUGGGGUUUAUUUUACUUUGUAUAUGGAUUUUUAGUCUUUACAAUGGGGCGUCGGCGCCACGCGCCACUAUAUGAGAUUAAAUAUUAACAAUAUAGCAUUCACGUCCUCCAAAUUUCGGGUUUUCAGGUUUGCGAUCUGGUUUGGAAAAACAGUAUUUAAUGUGCAGAAACCCUAAAAACCACGUUUUUUUUGUCUAUAACCUGCGGCCGUUACUUUCUCACCCAUUAUUACAUUUAAGUUUAGUAAACCUUCUCACUAUACAUAGAUUCGUUGCAUUCCUGCUAUCACUCAUGUAUUCACGACAAAAAUGCCCGGCAUGCUAUAGGCAAUAUAAGAAGAAAGAACAUCUUAUUGAGCACAUGAAAACCUCUUACCACUCUGUCCAUCAACCUAGAUGUAUGGUCUGUAAGAAGCACUGCAAAUCUUUUGAAUCUUUGAGGGAGCAUCUCAUCGGACCUUUGGCUAAAGGAGUUUGUUCAGCUAUUUUCUCUAAAUGGGGUUGUCAACUUUGUCUGACACUAUUUGAUAGUCCCGCUUCUCUUGAUGACCAUAGCGAAACUUGUCGCCUAUCUGCCCCUGUUCCUAUGGGCACAAGUGAAGUUCCCUAUAUAGACUCCCAUAUUGAUUUUCUGGAUUCUUCUGAUGAAAAUAAUGGUGACUGGCGCCCUAGAGCAAUUGCAAUGGACUGUGAAAUGGUUGGUGGGGGAAGUGAUGGAUCACUGGAACUUUGUGGUAGAAUAUGCUUGGUUGAUGAAGAUGAGAACUUAAUCUUUCACACAUAUGUAAAACCUCAAAUCCCUGUUACUAACUAUAGGUAUGAUAUAACUGGGCUGACUGAAGAGCAUCUUCGAGAUGGUAUGCCACUUAAGGAAGUUCGGGAAAAAGUAUUGCAAAUUCUAUACAAUGGAGAAUCCAUUGGUAAAGCUAGACUGGAUGGUGGCAAGGCCAGACUUGUUGUAGGGCAUGAUUUGGCCCAUGAUUUUGAUUGCUUGGGAAUGGAUUAUCCCUAUCACCUGAUCAGAGACACUGCAAAGUACCGUCCGUUGGCGAAGACAAACUUCGCCAGUCAUUCGCUUAAGUAUCUUACCAGAACAUAUCUUGGUUAUGAGAUCCAAACUGGCAUUCAUGACCCGUACGAAGAUUGUGUUUCUGUGAUGAGACUGUACAAGAGAAUGCGAGAUCAGAUUCAUGAGCAUGAAGGCUAUGGAAAGUUGGCUCCGAGUGACAGCAUUGUUGGCAUUUGCGACAGUUGGAGAUCCAAGGAGCUUGACAACCUCACACCAGAUGAGCUUUAUGCCAUCUCACAACCGGACUAUAAGUGCUGGUGUUUGGAUUUGAAGCCAAAAUCUGUGGAAGCUUGAGUUAUUGAGUUUGUUCAUAACUCCAAUAUCAACCAUGUACAUUUUUUAGCAUUAGCAUGUGUUUGGAGUAUAAUCUUUUUGAUAUGGUGACUUAUGUUUAGUGUGAAACCAUUAUAAUUUCAAAAAAAAAUUGCACUAAUUUACCGUGAAUUUAAACAUACACUAAAUAAAUAAAUAUUAAAGAUUAA